CACGGAACGGAGGGAGGGGAGGUCAGAAUGCGGAGAGGAUUGUGGGUACGAGGGGAGGGCAGGAAACGGCCUUCUUCCUUGGGGAGGGAGGUUUCCGGUUCCGGCCGGGCCUGUGUGAGUUGCAGCCUGGCAGUGCCCCCUCUACCCCCCCACCCCAGUGGGACCAGAAACGCCCCCCGUGUCCGCUGGGGGCAAGGCGCGGGCCAGGGGGCUUCCCCCCAGCACCAAUCCUGCCGCACAAGGAACAGCCCCUGCCGGGGGCGCGGAGGAGGCUGGGGCAGCGCCACACACCGGGGUCUCACAUUUGACUAUUCCUUUGUGGAAAGUGCAUAUUCGGAAGAGAAACCGUGAAACUUGUGCAGUGCCCCCUCCCGGGUGGAGAUGGAAGCCAAUGCAGCAAGCGACGAGGGUGUGCAUUUCCAGAGCUACCCCUUCGACUUCUUGGAAUUCCUGAACCACCAACGCUUUGAACCUAUGGAGGCCUACAACCACGAGCACGCCAAAGCAGUCGCCGCCCUUCCCUGCCCGCAGCCACAGUACGACUACACCCAGCCGCCCGCUGCUGCCCCACCUGCCCACUUUGACCGUGUCCCCACCGCCGUUGGCACCUCCAAGCCCAAAGCCGAAGGCCCAUCCUCCUCUUCCUCAGCUGCCUCUUCUGCCAACGUUCAAGUCAAGAAAGCUGAACCGGGGGCUCCUGCACCACCACAGCAGCAACCGCAGCAGCAGCAGCAACAACAACAACAACAACCACCCUAUACUGGUCCAGCAGUGGUGCCUGCGACAGGCCAGCCUCUCUUUGAUAGUACAGCCGCGGCUGCAGCCGCUGCCGCUGCCUACAACACUCCUCAGUGGGGCAUUGUGGACCUUUCUGGCCACCAGCACCUCUUCAGCAGCCUGAAACGUGGGCAGGCCCCUCCCCCAGCUACAGCCACUGUUGCCACUGACAGCCAGGUGGGCAAAGACGACAAGAACUACUUCCGGCGCUUGAAAUAUUUCAUCGACCGUCGUUUCCCGUGCGGCGUGUGCCAGAAAUCCUUCAAGCAGUCGUCCCACCUUGUGCAACACAUGUUGGUACAUACAGGCGAGCGGCCCUACGAGUGCACCACCUGUGGUCGCACCUACAACCACAUUUCCAGCCUCAUCCGGCACCGCCGCUGCCACAAGGACACCGAGGAUGCCACGGCGGCUGCCAACGCAGCGGCUGCCAACGCUGCCGCUGCUGCUGCUGCUGCGGCAGCCGUUGCCACCAACACAACAGCUGCUUCUGGUGCCGAGGGAGUAGCUCAGCCACCUACUCAGAGCGGCAACCCUCAGGUGGUUCCCGCAUCUGCUGGGACGGCAGCCGCGUCCGCCCUCAGUGCUGCCAUAGCUCAGGCGGAAGGCCCGUUCACCUGCUCUCUCUGCUGGAAGGUGUUCAAGAAGCCAAGCCACCUGCACCAGCACCAGAUCAUCCACACGGGCGAGAAGCCGUUCUCAUGCUCUGUCUGCCAGAAGAGCUUCAACCGACGCGAGAGCCUGAAGCGACAUGUGCGGACCCAUUCGGAUCUCCUGCGAGUGCAGUGUGGGGUUUGCGGCAAGGAGUUCCGGGAUGCUUCCUACCUUCUGAAGCAUCAGGCUACCCACGCGCCACCCGGAACCUUGCCGCCACGCCCCGAGUACAAGUGCGACAUCUGUGGCAAGGGCUAUGUGGCUCCCCAGAACCUCCUGCGCCAUCGGCAGCUGCAGCACGGGGGAGCCCAGCUGCCCAAGGAUGGCACCAAUGCCCUGUCCUACCUGCCGCCAGGAGCUUAUCUCCUCCCACAAGACCCGCAGGCUACCGGUUCUGACGGUGACACCAAGCCCACAUCCUAUGGGCUCUUGGGUCACCCGCUGCUGGUGGGGACGGCAGCGGGCAAGAACUUCUGCUGCGGGAUCUGCGGCCGCGGCUUCGGGCGCCGGGAGACACUGAAGCGCCACGAGCGGAUCCACACCGGGGAGAAGCCUCACCAGUGUGCCGUGUGCGGGAAGCGCUUCCGCGAGUCGUUCCACCUCAGCAAACACCACGUGGUGCACACGCGGGAGAGGCCCUACAAGUGCGAGAUCUGCGGGAAGGUGUUUGGCUACCCGCAGAGCUUGACCCGCCACAAGCAGAUCCACCGGCUGCAGCUGCCUUGCUCUUUGCCACCCAUGGGGCCCUCGCUGGCACCCAUGGGUCCUUCGCUGCCGCCGCCUCCCGAAGGGCUGACCUACGGCUGCUCCGACUGCGGAGAGCGCUUCCCCGAUCUCUUCCACGUCAUGAGCCACAAGGAGGUUCACGUGGCCGAGAAGCCGUACCCGUGCGAUGUCUGUGGCAAGUGCUUCGGCUUCAUUGAGAAUCUCAUGUGGCACAAGCUGGUCCACCAGGCUGCCCCCGAGCGGCUCCUGCCACCGGACGAGACGGCAGCGGCGGUGGCGCCUCUGGAGAAUGGGUUGGCCAGCGGCGACAACAUGACGUCAUUUGAAGACCACCACCCCACCUUGCCCAGCGGGGAGCGCUUCUCCUGCUCCAUCUGUGGCCAGACCUUCAAGCAUUUCCUGGGCCUCGUGACCCACAAGUACGUUCACCUGGUGCGGCGCACGCUGGCCUGUUCAGUCUGCGGGCAGAGCUUUGCGGGGGCCUACGACCUGCUGCUGCACCGCCGCACCCACCUGCAGAAGCGGCACUUCUCCUGCCCGGUGUGUGGCAAACGGUUCUGGGAGGCCGCCCUCCUGAUGCGCCAUCAGCGCUGCCACACCGAGGAGCGCCCUUACCGCUGCACGGUCUGCGGGCGCGGCUUCCUGCGCUCGUGGUACCUGCGCCAGCACAAAGUGGUGCACACCGGCGAGCGGGCCUACAAGUGUGCCCUCUGCAACAAGCGCUUUGCCCAGUCGUCCAGCCUGGCCGAGCAUCAGCGCCUCCACGUGGUGGCUCGGCCCCAGCGCUGCCCCACCUGCGGCAAGACCUUCCGCUACCGCAGCAACCUUCUGGAGCACCAGCGGGUACACCUGGGUGAGAAAGUCUACCGCUGCGACCGCUGCUCCAAGAGCUUCUUCUACCUGUCCUCCAUUCUGCGGCACCAGCGCUCCCACGAUGCCAAGCGCGAGCUGCGAUGUGGGGCCUGCCUCAAGCUCUUCAAAGACCCCAAGUACUUCAGCAAACACCUCCAGGCCCACCAGGGAGGGCGGCCAUUCAAGUGCAGCACCUGCGGAGAAGCCUUCUCCAACACCUACGGCCUCAAGAAACACCGCCACAUCCACAAGAUGGAGCGCUUUGCUGCCAUGGGAGGCCACAAGGAGCAAGCCUAGCGCUGGGGGCAGGGGAAGAAAACAUGGGCAGUCCUUUAUCCUGGUACUUGAGGGUGGGAAGAUGAAGCUAGUUCCUGUCUGUUGCAAGCCACAAGGGCAGGCUUUUCCCUGUAGUAAGAUGCUAUGUUUGGGGAAGGAUAUGGGAGAGUCCUCAAGUCACAAUUGCAUGGAGCAAUCCAUGGAGAACCAGGGAUGGAACGCAGGAUUGGUUUAUGUAGUAGGUAGCCGCCCUGGAUCUUGGUUUUCCCCAAACAAAUAGCUGUUGCCCUGUCCAUCCUGGAUUUCCUAGUCUAAACAUGAUAGGAGAGGGUGGCUGUCGUAGAAAUUACCCUUUCUUACCAAGAAUGGAUGGACAUUUAUUACCUUUUCCAGGAAGUGGGAGCAGAGGAAUGGUGUUCUUAUGGAACAAUAAGCCUAGAUACUGAACGAGAGAAGAAACCAGUCUAGGUUCCCAUUUGCAGCUUCCUUUCCUCCCUUUAAGAGCCAAUUCAUAAAUUUCAGUGAAGGGCAGGACAUGGUACAGUCCUUCAGGAGCGCUUGCCAAAUUUUACUGUUAACCCAGCCACCUGAUCUAUGCCGUGUAGGUCUUGCUUCCUUUCUGGAGGAAAGACAUUGAUCUGGGUGCUUUACCUCUGACAAUGGGCUGCUUGUCCUCUUUCAAAUUCCUUAGUUGCCCAUGGGACCUGGUUGCAAACAGAAGAUAGUCUGUCCCCCCCAAAUUUACCUGUGUAGGAAAUUAGAGGAGCUUGCUUGAACUUUGAACUUUGCAUAUCGUACAAUAUUAUCUAGAUGCUGCCACACCAUAAAAAAAUCUACCUGUCCUCCCACCUCCAGGACAGUUACCACUUCAUGAUGCAGCUGGAGGAUUAUAAACCUGCAUGCUCCCUCACAUUAAAAACAAAACACUCAUAGGAAACAAAUGAGUCUGGAGGGAGGGUUCUCGCCUAGCCUUCUCCCUGAUAGCUAGCUUUCCACAUGCAGAGAGUACAGUAUUGAAUAUGAAAGAGCAUUCAGAUUUGUCAUUUCCCCCCUAUGUAUGAAGUGGUGUAGGCCCAGAAAGACUGUACCAUGUGGUCUUUUUCAGAAUUUUCAAAUUGACACACCAGUUAGCUAGUGUUUGCUGCCUUCCCCUCCUACCAGAACCUCAAAUGGUUGUGGUUGCGUAUGAAGCCGAGAGAGAGGAAAGCAAACGUACCUGGUGGCUCUGCAUCCCAGACCACAGUGAGAGAUGUUGCCUUGGUUUGCCCAGCACAUCCAGUGCUUCACCCACCGUUCUUCCACUCCCAUAAUCCCACCCUCUUCUUGGCAACACUUUUGCUGCCCUCACAUCAGAUAAAUGGCAGACUUAACUAGUUUGUGGCUGGAGUACCCCACGGGGAAUUUUCAUCUUCAGUCUUAAAUCAUGGACCUUCUUUCCCCCCACCCAAACAGGAAUAUUGGUCAGGUAUGGUCAAAAAGACUCUUCCAAACUCUCUAGCUCCCUGGCGUGGCUCCCCAGCUCCCUCUCUCUGUGCCACUCACCACCCUCUGGUUCUGAACAGGCAGAAGAGGAAGCUGACUUACUACAUGCAACCAAAGAGUUCUAAGAGCACGCCCCCUUGUGGACGGUGGACACCAGGUGGUUUCGCCUUUCCCUCUCCCUCGUGAUCCAAGUUGACCUUCCACAUCUAAUAAGACAGUUGUGAUGGGGAAACGUUAUUGCUUUUCCAUGCUGGAGCGUUCAGAGCAUAAAGACUCUUUUUUUCAGGUGGCAGUACCAAAGGUGCCUCCUUGCCAUUUCUGGUCUACAUCCCUGCAUCUGCAUCCAUAGUUCCUACUUUGGCGAGAUGGACAGUUCCAAGGAUAUGAGGACCCAAAGAUGCUUUUAUUAUUCCAGUGUGGUUGCCCAGUGCCUGGAAGAAGAGGGAAAGGGGGGAUGUUGCCAAAGUUGCAGAGUUGCCUGGGGAUAGAGAAUUGUGAUAGAAAUGGACUCGGCUGGGGGGCGGGGGCGUUCCUUAAAGGAAACCUCGCAGCAUUUGGUUACCCAGUGUCUAUCUGACGAAGAGUGUGAAGAACAAAAAGGAGAUGGGAAGAGGGUUCAGCCUGUUAUUUUCCAGCCUCGGUUCCACAUUUCCCAUGUUGGGUCAACUCCAGGGGAAAACUCUUUGUCCAUGUUGAGUCAGGCCCAGUUAUCUUAAUGUCUCUGACAGACUGAAAUACUACUGACUAAUGUCCUGCCUCCAAAAGUGGCUGAUACUGGAUGUUCUCUUUCUUGUUUUAUCUUUAUACUAAAGUUUUAAGGCCUGAACUUGUAGCUGAAAUUCAGUGGAUUCUCCCUAUGGUGGUGGAUAUACCUCUCCCUGCCUUACAUGGAAACUUUCCAUAUAGAAUUUCCCCUCCCUGACUUUGUAAUUUGCCAAUAGAGCUGAGUUUAAUAUUAGAUUCUCCUCCCUCCUUAUGAAUACAAGUGUAUCUUGUUUGUACCAUACCUGCUUCAUAGGAAGAGCUGCUUCUGCAUUGAGUUGAGCAUGGUUUCCACGGAAACCCCACGGAAAGAUGUGGUAACCCCUAAACUGAUGACAUGUUCUCAUACUAAAGGCUGUUGUUUAUACCAUCCACUUUAUUACCCAGGAAUAACAAGCGAGUUCACAACAACUAAUCUAGUAGAUGAUUUGUCUGACAAAUUGUUUUAAGUGUAGGUUCUCAAAUGGACGAUGGAACAUGACAGGGAGAAGCAAGUCUUAUGCAUUCCCAGGUGACCCAAGACAAAAAUACUAUGUUUCGAAACUACAGCAUAACAUUGGCUCACACAUAACAGGAUUCCAAUGGAUUUAUUCCCCCUUCAGAAUAAUUUACAGGCCUAAAAUAUAGAAGACAAUUUUCCAUAAAACUAUGGAAUUCCUGUUUCAAUCACAAAAAUUACGCUAAUAUAUUCAUCCAGGCCUUGUCUAUGAGAAUCGUGUUGUUUCCUACAGUUGACAAAAUCUAGUCUUGACUUUCAUCCUAAGUUUUAAAAAGUUUUCUUCUUUAAAAAAGAAAAGAAAAAAAGGUUUUAACGUUUUCUGACCUUACAAGAGCAAUUACUCCAUCUUAACACCCCUUAAUCACCUCCUGUGUUCACAGUGUUAGAAAGUGGCAAGAGAGAGUUCGCCUCCCCACUCACCCUUUUAAUUCUUUUAUUUACAGGUGAAGAGAGGGAGCUGAGGGCAAAAUGGCUAUCUUUGUUUCCAACCAAAAUUCUAAUGCCAGAGAACAGGCACUCUGCUUAUCUGCCUGCUGUCACUUGUAAGAUCAGGUUUGCUUAAGAAAUGAAGCUUGUGCCCACUCUUCAUUCUAGGAGUGGUUUGAUUUUUCCAAGUAUGUUUCCCUGUUCUCCGUUGUAGUUUGGUUUGGAUAGUUGGUGCGAUGUGAAAUUGCCAUGCCUCUCAUGUGAAAGAUGCUAUUAAAAAAAGAGCUGAACAGCACUUCCAACUUUCCUCUAUAAGAGGAGUAGAGGGGUCAGAGGAUUGGAGAGUAAGGCGCCCAGAAGACGGCAUUCUUUGGCUUGAAUUCCGUGGGAAAGUUCUGUAGGGACUAAGGUCAAAGACAGGUGUUCCAGGUUUUAAUUCUGGUUGGGCAAUGGGAUACUUUUGAAGACCCAGUUGGAGUAUGCGAUCAAGACUUGCCAACUAACCUUCCCGCUUCACUGCUCUGCCUAUUAUAUAACUAUAUCCAAAUGGAUUCUUAGCUCUAAAGUGUGUGCAUCACUAGGAUGCUGGCUGUCCUACAGAUUCUCAUCACCCCUGAUGCCUUGCCUGCUGUGAACGGGAAUUGUGAAGAUCCUCCUGUCUUUUCCUAGCAUCGGACCUGACAUUUUAAGAUGCCGCAAGACACACAAUCAUCUGAACUUCCAUCAACCCUCCAGUUUAUUGGGGAACGUGAAUUCUCUGGUUCUGGCAGCGGGCGAUGUUUUCCCACGCUCCCCACUCAUCCCAAACUGGGAGAUGGACAUUUUUGAGACAGGACUCGAACAUUCCCAGACCAGUGACUGAAAGAGUCGUGCCGCAGAUAGGAUCCAACCCAUUGCAAUCAUGUUAGCAAGAUGUCUUUUUAUAUUAAUACAGAUCUAUAAAUACAUACGUUUAUAUAUAAAUACUUCUUUUUCUAACAACCCCUUUCUCCCAUUGGCCAUAGGAAGUGCAGUACUUUUGGUGCCAAGAUUCAAGUCCCUUAUGAUAACGUGUACUAAAAUACAAUAUGUAUAGGACCCCCUCGUUGUCCAUGCAGCUGAUGGGCCUGGACCGAUAUAACCUGUCCCGUCCUCCUUGGUGGUGCCCCUUUGGGAACUGUACAGCGUGUGUUUUUCUCAGUCGGGGUUAGGGGAAUGGGAGCGUGUGUUUGUGUUUUAAACCAAGCUAUUGUUUUAAAAGUGUCUGAUUUAUGAUGUACAGACUAAACAAACAUUAAAAAAAUAAGAAUUGGAAAGCGUAUGUCCCAUGCAUUGAGAGGGCUCCAGAUUUGCUUGUUUUGCCAACUGUUGGUGUGGAGGGAGCUUCACUUUAAGAAUCCCAAGUAGCUAGACCACUGGACAGGGCUUCCUGAAGUGUUGGGACCAUGUAAAGGACAGAAGAACAUGAGGGCUUGUAGUAACUGCAGCAAAAAAAGGAGAUGGAUACCCACAGUGGCUAGUAUCAGGUUAUCAGAGCUCGAAAACUUUUGUUUUUGAAAAACCUUUCCUCCUUCCUUCUUAACUUCACAGGGCAACUGCCUAAUGCUAGAUCAAGGUGUUUGUUCAUGUAGCCCAGGGCGGCCCAACUUUUCAAGCCAAGUAGGCCACAGGAGUACUUGGACACGGAACCCAUGGGCCACAAACUUUGAGAAGGCAGUGCAAUAUAUGGUGGGCGGGCAUCAAAUGUUGCUGAGGGCUGCCAAAAAAGGUAUUGACGGUUGUGCAUUCGACCACCCUGAUGUAGCCUGUGUUGUCUCCUUUAACUAGCAGCGGUUUUCUAGAACCCUCAGGCGAAAAGACUUUCCUCACUUGCUAUCCAAUCCUUUUACAUUAAGAUGUCAGUAACUGAACCUGGGACCUCUGUGCAAAGUCUCUGCUCUACCACUUGAGCUAGGUUCAAUUUUGGCACAUCCCUAAGAGAAUGGGCAAGUUGGAAAAGCUGGAGAGCAUCUGGCACAGAAGACUGUUUGGCUCUUGCUUCCUUUUUUCUUUUCCUAUUAUGUAUGUGGGAGGGACCUGGAUUAACACAUGAUCUUGUGUGACACAUUUCUGUGGUGUUCCAUUUUGAAGGAGAUACUUAAAAUAUAUCUGCUAUGUCACAAAUGGAGUCUAAGCACUAUGGAAAACAUUGGCAAUUUAAACUGGAGGUAAGUAAUACUUUCAACAUGGAAUUUUUUCCUCUUGUGAGAUUGGUACAAUGCACCCACCUCAGCCAAUGAAGCAAGAGUGCUGCAUAUAGGAAAUGGCUGUCAAAACCCACCCUUGGAGACGACCACGUAAACUUUAAAUGUUUAUGCUGCAAGAUCCGCAAUGAGAAAUGCAGAACUGAGAGUGCCUAGUCUCAGGGAAAAGCUAGAAAACAAGAGUUCAUAAAGUGUUUGAUCUGCGACUGAGAGGUCUAAAUUGAUGAUAAUAUUUGGAAUGGAUAUUUAAGAUAGCUGUUUGGUGGAACUAUCUUUGGUAACAGCAAGUAGCCUGAGAGGUUGGUUCAACAAAUUUUUCUACCUAAAUUUUUCCAUUAGGGUUAUAUGAAAAUUCAAUUAUGUUUAACAAAAUAUUUUUAACUGAGUAGUGCUUGCAAAGCAAAAUGUCAAGAAUAAUUUGGUUUAAACAUGGCUAAAACAACUUUUCAGAAUAUUUUAUUUCUACCUUUGGAUUUUUGCUUACAAUUUUUACAAGACACGGGGACCUUUCUUCUAAAGACCUUUCCCCCAACUUCUUGUAACAUGAACAAAUCUUGGUUUUCAUCUUCUUUAUUUACUUAUACCUCUUUUCAAAUGCAUUUUUAAAAAUCGUUUCAUAUUUGCCCUCCUGAGGGUAAAAGCACACAUUAGAAAUUGUGGGUUAUGAUCGUUAUGAGCAGGACCAUGCAUCUGCUUUUUUAAAAAAGCGACAACAACUCAAUACUGCAUCAGUAUACUUAGUGUUGGUAUCUAAUAGUACAGUCCUAUGUCUACUCGGAAGUAAGUCUAAUGAGUUCAUUGGGCUUUCUUCCAAGAAAAUUGAUAUAGGAUUGCAGCCCAAACCAUCUGCACUCCAGGAAUUGUGUACACAAAUUAAGUAAAUGAUAACUUGCUUAUUUCAUAUAAUACCAUUUUUCUUCUGCUAGCAGUGGGAAGAGGCAGACACCUGUACAAGGCACUGGUUUCUAGAAGUGCUCAGCUACUACUUGCCCCAAUUUCAGAAAUGUGACCAACCGUUAGCCAUGCACUUUAGGCCUCUCUCUUCAUUAGUUUGGUUCAGAGGUAAUGCCCAAACCAAAAAAAGGAGUAAGAUUUGGUUCAGAGGUAAUUGCAAACAAACAAACAAAAAGAGCUGCAAGAUCCUAGCCCUCAAGCCUAUGGCUACAUUAAGAUGGAAUGCCAAACCACGCUUUACAUAAUCGUAAGCCUUUAGACUUAUUAAUACAUCAAUGUUGUACCUCACCCUUCCAAUAGGAGCACAGGGUGGCCUAAAGCUACAAAUAAAACAAAUAUUGCUGCCAGCAGCAGCAACAGCAUACUACCUUGUGAAUUGCAAGUUUGACCCCAAAGCCUGGGUAAAUAAAAGUAUUUUCAAUUUAUGUUAAAAGAUUUCUCCCGUAGGGACCAAACAAAUAUCCCAUGGGGGAGAGUUCCACAUAGAGAGAGUUGCUGCAUAAAAUACCCUUUCCUGAGUAACUGCACUACUGACUGCUCCCUCCUUCCCCUCGCUCCAAUUUCCUCCUGUACUUUGUUCUUUGUAAACUUGGAUUAAAACAACCAUAUUUUACUUGCAAGCCAGAAUUAGAAACCAUGGUUUGAUUAUAAUCUCUAGGUCUAGUUUGCAGAAAAUCUCUUAAUUGCCAAGAACCAGAAAGAACAAGAAGAGGGGGUAAGUAACUCGCACCCAAGGCUUGCUCAUGAAACGUAUAACCAUAGUUUGGCAUUCUAUCCAAAACACACCUGUAGGGCUAGAAGCUUGCUGUUUU